UCAGGAACCAGCAGCAGGCACACACACAGCCAAAAAUAAAGAGGUAACAAACAGAAAGCUCUAUCCUUUUGUCACGGUCGCUGUUAGGCUAAGUUGCCACUUGCAGUGUAUCCAGGCUUGGUUUCUUUCUUGGGCCCUGGGAAAUAGCUGUGCGGCCCCCACUGGAUAAGGUGUGUGUGAUCUUUGGUUUCAUUUGGUAAGAGGAAAUUUAGAGUUGUGCAAUGGCUCGGGGACAGUUUUGAAAGCCAUUGAGAAAGCGUUAGCACAAAGAGCUAGAGUACGUGAAGCGGAGAAGACUCCAUGUUGCCUUCAUUCAGAAUGGAGGGGUACAUCAUCCCACCUAAAAUAACCUGGACUGGCUGGAUGUCACAGACACCUUCUGAAUUUAAAGAUUACUGGGCACUUGUAAACAAAGAUCCAACGGAAGAAAUGAUCUAUGAACCUGACAUCUAUCGACCUGAAUAUCCUUACAUUAUUGAAGGAGAAGCCCAAAGUGAUAAGAUGGCAUUUGCUGACUCCGGACACUUGUAUCUAGACCAUGCUUGGGAGUAUAACCCGCACCACGUCCACCCUGCGGACUUCGAGAAUCUCACGGAGAGCCACUUCACGGAACUCCAGAGUGUGCAGCAGGUCCACCCAUCUGGUAUGCGACCCGGCGACAUUGAAUCCAACCACUUUUUCGACCCCAGUCUGCCCGGAUCCCACCUGACCCUCACCAGUCCACAGAUUCCGUACUUGCCCCGGCCACCGGUGUGCUACCCCCCGAGCAUGCAGCCUUCGGAUGAUGAUGACCCCGGUAGCCGCAGCCCGCCGCUGGAAGUGUCCGACGAGGAGUGCAUGAGGGACCACAUCUCCUCCACCACAGGAGCAGAGCACGGAAACAAGAAGAAGAUUCGCCUGUAUCAGUUCCUGCUGGACCUUCUGCGAAACGGAGACAUGAAGGACAGCAUCUGGUGGGUGGACAGAGAAAAGGGAACUUUCCAGUUCUCUUCCAAACACAAAGAGGCAUUGGCCCACCGCUGGGGGGUGCAGAAGGGUAACCGUAAGAAGAUGACCUACCAGAAGAUGGCUAGGGCAUUGAGAAACUACGGCAAGACUGGAGAGGUCAAGAAGAUCAAGAAGAAGCUCACAUACCAGUUCAGUGGCGAGGUGCUGGGAAAGACCCACCUAGAGAGGAAGGUGUACUUGUGAAGAGAAGAAAGAAAGAAUGAAAAAGAGAAAGAAAAGAAAGAACAAAACAUUUUGGCAAGAACGGAUGGCCUCUGCUUUUCUCGUUUGGACUUGGAGCAUUAGAAACUCUGGUUGACUGAUUUUUAGAGUUUUUCUUUUUUAUACUAUCCUUGCAUUAAUGAAUUGAACUUUCAGCCCUGAGGUCUUGUGUCCAUUUCAGCAUUUGCCACAGAUGAAAACAGGGUCUGUACAUACUCACGGGGCAGAGACAUGAACGAAACGCACUGUACUAAUUGAUACUUUAACGUAAGCAUCAGGUGGCUUCUAAAAUUAAAUGGACUGGAUCCUGA